AUGGUGAUCCCCUGUGAUGCUUACUGGGUUGGGAAGACCCGAUCCCAAUCUCUUUGUCCUGCUCCGCGGCGUGCAAGGUACUUUAACCCACCACCCCCGACACCUGUAGCGUUUUCACCUUACCACCCGGGAAAUCUCGCCAGUAACGCAGUUCGGCUCAGCGGAGCUAUCACACCCAUGACAGAAACAUCUUCAUUCGCACUUAUAACCGGCUGUAGCAGCGGAAUUGGGAAGGAGCUUGCCAUCGCCUUCGCAGCCAGUGGCGUCACUGUCCUCGCGACGGCUCGACGCGUCGAGUUGCUCAACGACUUGACAAGCAAAUACAGCAACAUUGAAGCAUUGGCAUUCGAGCUUGGCAAUCCCAGCGGUGAUACCGAGAGCAUCGGCAAGCUGAAGGAUGCCGUAUCCAAGCGCACGGGUGGCAGGCUUGAUUUUCUCGUCAACAACGCGGGCACCCAUUAUGCUUCGACUACGCUGGAUCUUGAGAUCAAAGAGGUUGAAACACUCUUCCAGGUUAACGUCUUCGCAGUUAUGCAACUCUGUCAGACCUUCAUGCCGCACCUCCGCCAGUCGCCGCGCGGGCGCAUCGUCCAGAUCGGGAGCGUGACAAGGGACGUGCCUAUGGUUUGGCAAGGGGCUUAUAAUGCCUCCAAGGCUGCCCUUAGUCAAUACUCUAAGACCCUUCGGUUGGAAGUGAAACCCUUCAGCAUCGAGGUAAUCGAGAUCGUGACUGGGUUCGUGCAGAGUAAUCUUCUUCACCAUGGAUUCCAUACGCCAACGACAUCUCUCUAUCUUCCCCUCAAAAAGACCAUCGAGGACAUCAAGCACCGGGGCAACGACAAUGGCAUGCCGCCAGACGCGUACGCUAGGGCUGUGGUCGCGAAGGUAACAAAAUCGCGGGUUAGUUCUGAGAUCUGGGAAGGUAGGCUGGCUCGCCCGAUUCGCUUCCUUGUGAAAUUUCUGCCACUGACGAUACUGAAUUUUAUCUAUUACCGGAGGUUCAAACUUAAUCUUCUGGAGGCUCGUGGGAAUGGUAAACACUAG